AUGGCGCCACCGCGAGACCACAAGUUCUCGCUCUUCAGGACUUACUGGCUCGUGUGGGCUGUCCUCUUCCAGGCGGCGGUGCACGUCGACUGCCCCCGAGGCUUCACGGCAAGAUUCAUGGCCAAUAUGUGGGCCAUGUUCGCUGUCGUAUUCCUGGCCAUCUACACCGCCAACCUCGCCGCCUUCAUGAUCACGAGGGAGGAAUUCCAUGACUUCACUGGCAUCAACGACACUAGGCUCCAGCAGCCAUCUACCGUGAGCCCCGCCUACAAGUUCGGAACCGUGGAGGAGACAAACUCGGCCAUGGUGCUCAAGCGACACCACCCGCUCAUGUUCCACUACAUGGUCCGUCACAACUACAAUCGGCCCAGCGUUCAGGACGGCGUCAAGUCCAUCAAGAAGAACGAGCUGGACGCCUUCAUCUACGACGCGACAGUGCUGGACUACCUGGUCGGGCAAGACGACGACUGCCAGAUCCUGACGGUGGGCUCCUGGUACUCCAUGUCGGGCUACGGGCUGGCCUUCCCUCGGGGCUCCAAGUACCUCAGCCUCUUCAACAACAAACUCAUGAGCUACAAGGACAACGGCGACAUCGAACGGCUGCAACGGUUCUGGAUGACGGGCACUUGCAAGCCGAAGAAACAGCAGAGACGGGCUUCGGAACCACUGGCCAUUGAGCAGUUCCUCUCUGCUUACCUCCUGCUUGGUAUUGGCAUGGUGCUUGCCAUUGUGCUGCUGGCGCUCGAACACGUCUACUUCAAGUACGUGAGGAAACACCUGGCCAAGAAGGACUCCGGAGGAUGCUGUGCUCUCGUCUCGCUGAGCAUGGGUAAAUCUUUGACCUUUCGAGGCGCUGUCUAUGAAGCCACGGACAAGCUGAGGAGGCACCGCUGCCGUGACCCGCUGUGCGACACCCACAUCUGGAAGGUCAAGCACGAACUCGACAUGGCACGGAUGAGGAUCAAGCAAUUGGAGAAGGAACUUGAAGCCAACGGAGUGAAGCCAGUCGCAAAGAAGCAGAUGGGUCAGCCGGCUGGGUGA